AUUCAGCGACUCGUGUUUAUGAACAGUCGCUGUUUCAUAGAAUCAUGAAGGAAGGAUAAUUUAAGUAAAACUUGACGACACCUAGUCAAAUUGAGUAAAAUAGUUACAAUUUUUAAAUGUUAUUUUUCUGUAAACCUCGAUAUUAUGGAAUUGAACCGAAAAAUUGGCAAAAUGUUCACGAAGAGGCACUACUAUUCAAUGUAACGUGACCAUGACCAAUACUCCAAUGUGUUGUCUUGCACUUUAAGAAAAAGGCAGCAGUGACAAUAAAUGCGAGGAAACAUGAUCAAGGAUGAUGAAGUGGAGACACUUGGCGAACAGCUAUACACACGGAUUUUCCCCCAACACAGCGAGCAUGCUGGGAAACUGACAGGCAUGCUGCUGGAGCUCCCUGCUCCUGUUUUGAACAGGAUGCUGCAAGACGAGGUCAUGCUCGCGACGGCCGUGGAGAAAGCAGUCAGAGCCUUAGAGGUGGAUUUGCACCAGGAGCACAGCAAAACAACAAGUAGAGAAGAAGACGACGGCUCCGUGUCUUCUGACUCUUUAGGCGAGCAGCUUUUCAACCUGAUUGACGUUUACAACACUGGAUACUCACAGAAGAUCACAGGCAUGUUACUGGAGCAGCACAAAGAGGCCGUGUUAAAGCUUCUGUCAGAUCCCGAACAGCUGGAAAAGCAGCUGAACACGGCGCUCAAGACCUUACAACAGCAGCGUGCAGAGGAAACGGACAUCAGCGACACGUCGGACGGCGAAGACGCCGAGAGCUUGGGGGAAACGCUCUUCUUGCAAGUGGAGGAACUGGACCCACUUCACGCACAUGAAAUCACUGGUAUGCUGUUGGAGAUGGACAUAGGCGUUCUACGCAAGCUGCUUCACGAGCGCCAUUUGCUGGAGGCCGCCGUUCAAAAAGCACAAUCAGCGCUUGGGAGUUAAAUUCUUAGAAAAUGCAAGUCAAUCCAGCCAAACCAGACAUUUGAGUCAAAAGUUAAAAAAGGAAAACAAUUUUUUAAAAAGUUUUUUUGUGCGCUUCAUCCUUCUGCUGAGAAUUUCUAUUAGUUUGUCAUCAGUAGACGUCCAAUCUAUUUGAACUGGGAGUUCUGGCAGCGAAUGAACCCUUUGCUGCCAGAACUCCCAGUUCAAUUGGAUUGGAUGUCUAUCAUCGUCAAUGAGGAUAAAAUGAGUUAACAAGGUUUCCAAAACUUUUUUUUCUCAUUAAAAAUUCAGGAAAUUCAAGAUAAUAGAAUCUGAUGAAAAUCAGAUUUUUUCUUCUCAGCGACAAACUUUGAGAUCCAAACUGGGCAUGAAAUUUUCUGAGGUGAGCGCUUAUUUAUAAAGCACAGCUCACAUAUUCAUAAACUUUGAAAAGGAUCUGCUUGUGUAAAGGCUAACACUGUGCUUAUGCAUUUUUUUCCCCACACGCAGAACAGAUUUGUUGAUUUAUUGCUUCUUGAUCUCACCAAAGGCUUUAGCUUUCUGGAGCCGCAUGUCAGCUCCGGCCACCCUGAAACGAGCCAAUUUUAACUACAGUGGUAAGCUACAUAAUGUAAAAAUGUUUAAUUAUUUAAAGCAGAUCACGGAUAUUUAUUAUAAAUCACUUAUUGGCUGUCAUUGACUAUGAAAGACCCAAUUUAUUUUGGACUGGCAGUCUGAAACAGUUGAGAUAAAACAUAGAAUUCACUAUCAGUUGACGGGGCCUAUAUUAAAAACUUAAAAUUGAAAUAUUUUCAAAACCAAAGCCGCGAGCGACCUAAAACCAAAACAGAACUUCGAAAUACAUGAGUCUGCAUGAGCAGCGGCAUCAAAAAAUUCAAAGUUGUUCCAUAAUAAUACUUAUAUAGAAAUGAAUUAAUCAGGAUUUUAUUAUGGAGCUUAGAGACUGUGAACAAAACUUAAAAUGGCUGUAAAAUUGUCAGAUUUUACGCUAGAUGCACAAGAAAUCACCAAAUGCAAAGAUAAUCACCUACAGUGGGGCAAACAAGUAUUUAGUCAACCACUAAUUGUGCAAGUUCUCCUACUUGAAAAGAUUAGAGAGGCCUGUAAUUGUCAACAUGGGUAAACCUCAACCAUGAGACAGAAAAUCACAUUGUUUGAUUUUUAAUGAAUUUAUUUCCAAAUUAGAGUGGAAAAUAAGUAUUUGGUCACCUACAAACAAGCAAUAUUUCUGGCUGUCAAAGAGGUCUAACUUCUUCUAACGAGGUCUAAUGAGGCUCCUCUCGUUACCUGUAUUAAUGGCACCUGUUUUAUCUCAUUAUUGGUAUAAAAGACACCUGUCCACAAUCUCAGUCAGUCACACUCCAAACUCCACUAUGGCCAAGACCAAAGAGCUGUCGAAGGACACCAGAGACAAAAUGGUAGACCUGCACCAGGCUGGGAAGACUGAAUCUGAACUAGGUAAAACGCUUGGUGUAAAGAAAUCAACUGUGGGAGCAAUUAUUAGAAAAUAUAUAUUUUAAUUGAAGCAACCUUUUUUUGAUUGAAUAAUAAAGACACAAAUCUAUCUCCAUAUGGCUCUGCCCAGGGGAUACAAUUUUUGACUGGGGUAACUACAUUGGCACGAUACCGGCGGGCGUACCAAAUUCAAUGGAUGACGAUCUUGGCGAAAAGUAUUGCCUAAGCAGCCUGAUUUAGAAUUCCCCUCAAGAAUGAUGGGAAACAAAAAACGCUCAUUGUCAACUUAUUAUUUUAAAUAUUCUUGUAAGUAGGGUUGUUCCGAUCAUGUUUUUUUGCUCCCGAUCCAAUCCCGAUAGUUUUAGUUUGAGUAUCUGCCGAUCCCGAUAUUUCCCAAUCCGAUUGAUUUUUUUUUGCUCCCGAUUCCAUUCCAAUCAUUCCCGAUAAUUUUUCCCGAUCAUAUACAUUUUGGCAAUGCAUUAAGAAAAAAAUGAAUAAAACUCAGACGAAUAUAUACAUUCAACAUACAGUACAUAAGUACUGUAUUUGUUUAUUAUGACAAUAAAUCCUCAAGAUUGCAUUUACAUUAUUAACAUUCUUUCUGUGAGAGGGAUCCACGGAUAGAAAGACUUGUGACUUUGUAUAUUGUGACUAAAUAUUGCCAUCUAGUGUAUUUGUUGAGCUUUCAGUAAAUGAUACUGUAGCCAUGCCCAAAUGCAUGAUGGGAAGUGGAACCAUGACUGUGCGUAGUGCUACCAAUUGAUAUAUCUUCCCUGUGUUGGGAAAUAACAUAAGGUGUUAAGAAAAAGAUCAAAUGCUAUCUUGCUUCUCCACAUUGCUUACCAUGAUAUAUCUAAUCGUAGGGAGAGGGAUUGUAAGGCUUUAGCCAAUUAAAAAAAGGCUCCAAAGGCUGCCAAAAGUCACUCUACUCAUUAUACGCUGCCUUUUAUCUCUCUAUAUAGGUAAAACGGCGCCAUUACAGAUUGAGCGUGACAAUGCGCGAGUGGGUCGUGGAGCGCAUGCAUUAAUUGCGUUAAUUUUUAACGUGAUACUGUACUUUUUUUUUUUAAAUUAUAGCCGUUACUGGGAUAAAUUUGAUAACCCUACCUUAAGCCUAUACUAAAGACUCUGGAUGAGUGUAACACAUUAUGUUUGUAACGUUAAAUACAAUUAGAAAACGAUUUAAAAAAAAAAAUAUAUAUAUAUAUAUAUAUAUAUAUAUAUAUAUAUAUAUAUUAAAAAAGGCAUGGCCGAUAUUUUUUUGCCGAUUCCGAUAAUUUGAAAAUGACAUAUCUACUUGUAAGUUAAUUUUAUUGCUGACACUGUGUUUUGGGGUUAUCAACAUGUUGUGACCCCCCUGGCCCAAAAGUUAAACUCCGUCUAAGGCCGUAGCAUACGUCAAGAAAGGGGUCCAUUUUGCAUAAAAUUUAUUUCUGCAGCCCCAAACCGUACACCGGAUCUUCUCUAGGUGAACACAAUUUAAAAUUGACUUAAUCCAUAGCGUGUGAGAGGGUGAGAUGGGGGAUUUCCAUGCAAGUAGUAUCAGUCGCCUUGCCAAAAGGGUAACAAAGGCGAUUCUAUCCUGAUCCAUCUUGGAUAAUUCCAACACAGAUGAGGAUGUUCCAAACAGCAUUAUGGUGGGGUCUGGACUUAUUUGUCUGCGGCAUAUUUCUGAAAUGGUCUUAAAUACCUCCACCCAGAAGUUAUGGGUAUGAUUGGCUGGUGAUUGGUUACAUCGUGCACAGGUUGAAGUGUAACAUCUUUAUAAAUCUUGAACAAGCUGUCCUUAGUCCAGUGUGCUCUAUAGAUAAUUUUGCACUGAAUAAGACCAUGCUGUGCGCAAACUGAUGAGGAAUGAACUCUUUUCAGUGCAGCCUCCCAUAUUUCCUCCAAAAUAAUCCUACCCAGUUCCUGUUCACACAGCGCCUUAGUAGGUGCUAAUGAGACAUUUUGUAAGCUACAAAUUUGGCCAUAAAUAAUCGAUUGACUGCCCUUAAUUGAAGGCAGAGGAAAUGUAUCCAAAGCCUCUGGUAAAGUGGAGAAGCAUGUGUUUAACCCCUCCUCAACCAAAUCAGUCUUGAGGCACUCCUGCCUGCUUGUAUGUACUAAAACUUUCGUCCUAUUUCUACCUAAAGCCGGCGUUGGAACGCAGCGUUUAUCGUAGUGAAAGCUUCCGUGACGCUGUCUGGCCCGGACCUCUACGGGAAGCCGUGACACAAUAUCUAUAGGAGCGGUCUCGUCAACUGAUGAAGUCUAUGGCUAAAACUGUUGAUAGUUUUAAAUCUUUUGACAAAGACAAUGCAAAAAACACGAAGACAUAUAUCAAAGUGCUCACGCGCAAAAAUACUUUUAUUCAGUAUUUGCCUUUAUUUCUUCUAUAUUACACCAAUUUGCUGAAACAAAAGGGGACCUUGUCAAAUCAAGUCUACAAAACAAAAAUGGAAUUAAAUACGUUGAGCUGAGGGACUGAGAAUUCCAUUAAAAAUCAGGUUAGUAAAUUACAGUGUUAUACUUAAAAGUAUAACUUUUCACAAUGAAUUUGUAGCAGAGGCCAUAACAAACAUUGGUGACAUUUGCUCUAAAUGCUUCUCAUCAAAGCUAAUCACACAAGAAAUUAGUUCCUCAAACAUACAUUUAUGCCUAAAGCUCAUAAAUACAAUCGAUCUGAUAUACAAACAUUUGGAUAGAUUUUUUUUUUUUUUUUUUGCAUGUUGUGAAUAAUUCCUGCUGGUCACCGCUCGUUCAUUUGGACAGCACAGUUGAGUUGUUUGAUUGACAGGAGGGAUUCUAAAUAAAUAUGUGGAAACAUGCAGCAUCCUCGCA